AUGCCGUUCGUUUUCCCCUUGACAGAGCACGCUGUCUAUGCAUACUUCGAGGAGAAGAAGGCAACUGCAGCGGCGACCUCGUUCAGGAGCCUUCUUUCAUCUGUGGCGUUCGCACAGCAUGUUGUAGGCUUGGAAGGGUGUGAUAAGGUUUACGCCUCGGGUCGCAUCCGCGGCCUUGCAUCGAAGCUGUACAUGCAAAAGAGGAAGCUCAAGCAGCGCAAUCCUCUGAGGGUCUCUGAUGUCAUUCUUCUUGAAAGGAUUUGUUGCAAACUUGAGGACAGGUCGCUGCAGGACCGGGUCGCUUCGGGUUUCUUUCUUUUCCUGAUUUAUGCAAGAGCUAGAUACAGUGACGGGCAAAAUGUAGCAUCGCUGACUGAUUCGCCGCUCUACUUGGAGUGCAGUGUGGGCAGGUCCAAGACGAGUUUCACUUUGGAACGCAAGACCAGGUACUUGCCAAUGGCUGCCAGGAAAGUGGGCAUCAAGUGUGCAUGGGCCGAUGCGUGGCUUGAGGCUUUGGCAGAGGCGGGUCUUGCGAUCAAGCCGAACGACCCGUUGCUCCCCUGCCCUUCUUCGAAUGGUUCGUGGAAGAUGAUCCCGCUUCCGUGCGAUCAGGCUUGCUCGUGGCUCAGGAGCCUGCUGGGGAACGCUCAGAGCGAUCCCUACCUUGCAAAUGUAGGGACACAUAGCCUUAAGAGAACUUUGCUGAGCUGGGCAAGCAAGCGUGGUCUGCCCAGAGAACAGAGGGCCCUCUUGGGGUAUCAUACGUCCCGAGCCUCGGGUGCGGGAUCAGAGCUGAUCUAUGAGUCCGACGCCCAGUCGGCUCCGCUCAGGGCUUUGUCAUCUAUGAUCGACGAGGUGUCGUCCGGGGCCUUCAAGCCCGACAAACCAAGGGGGCAGCAGCUUGCUUCCGAGCUGUCGGCGCAUGCCGAUCCGCCUGGCGACGAGAUCGAGUCGUCAGACUCUGAGGGCUCCGAGGACGAGGAGGAGAUCGACCACUCAGGGGACGAAGCUUGUGUUGCCGAGGCUUUGGACUGGCAUGGGAAGGUCGACCUUGACAAGAUUGAUCCCUCGUGUGUUUUCUUUCGGCAUCGCCAAUCCAGGGUAGUGCACAUCACUGCCGACGAAGCGGGUGCCAACCUGGGCUGCGGUAGGACCAUUUCGGGUCAGUACAGGAAGCUGGAGGUCGGUUUGGCAUCUGCGGAUGUCGAAAAACUCGAGAAGGUGGGUGUGGAUUCACUCGCAAAGGGCGCUUUCAUGACGAGCUACACGCCGGGCUCUGGCGAUGACAAGGACCUCAUUGCGGCGUUCGAGUCGGCCCUCGGGACGCCGCCCUCUGUAGGGCAGAAAAGCGCCUUCCGAAGGUUAUUUCAUGAAGCAUAUGCUGUUACCACUUCGGAAAUGAAGAUGCUUGUGGAGCGGACGGAUGAAUCCAUCCCAAGAAAAUUGAGCGUCCCGGAGAGAUCUGAGAGAUUCGAGGUAGUGAGCAAACGCCUUGUGGGCCUUUCGAUCAAGAACCGUCUUGAGCCUGCUGAUAGCCUCGUCGACUCCUUCGUAUCCCAGUAUGAACAGGACAAGCUGCAGUUUGUCCCGUGGGAGAAGCUUGUUUCCAAAGAGCAAGAGGCCUCAACAGGGGCAAAGCGAGAGCCUUUCUUCUCGCUGGACAGUACGGGCAAGCUCAGGUCGGAGACGAAGGUUGAGGUCCGUGCUGAUACUAGCACGGAGCUGCUCUUGCAGCUCGCGCUUCAAAGGCGCGGCAUCGCUAUGGAAAUGGCGAACAUCCUUGACUACCAUCGCCACCACAUGUGGGUUGAGCGCCUUCUUGCGGCGCGCCUCGACGCACCUCCGUCGACGCACAUGCAGCCCACGCUUGAUCAGUGUCAGCAGGCUGACAGGAAGCUUUGGCAGCUUCUCGGAGAAGCGACUCGCUCAGGCAUCCAGCUCAAAGCUGGGGGGCGUCCAUUGGACACCAUCUUCGAGGACACAUGGCAGUCACCAGAGGUGCUUCAUCUGCUUCAACCGAUGCCUCGGGCAGCAGGCGCUUCAGUCACGCAGCAGGUGGCACCGCCGCCGAGGCCGCACGGGCCGGGCCCGUAUGAUCGUCCGGGCAAAGGCCGGAAGGGCACAGGGAAGGGUGCCAAGGGCACCAAAGGAUCCGGGAAGGUUCCCGCCGCUCUGGCGGGCUGCAGAUCAUGCACCAAUGCUGGUGAAAACAUAUGUUUUGGGUAUGGACUCAAAACAUGCAGAGAAACCGUGACUCGUGGUCGAUGCGUGCGUGGCCUGCACAUUUGCGCAUGGCCCAAGUGCGGCAAGUCGCACCCUGCAUUGGACUGUCCGCUGCGUGCUGAGGCUCUAGGCCAAAAGCAGGAGUGA